AUGAGUCGCAACUUCAUCCCCGCAGCAUUAGCCAUCGGCGUGGGCAUAUUGACCGGCUACUAUACCUUCCACCCCGCACUCCAAGAACUGCAGAUCGAGAAACGCAAGCCUCUAUCUGCCCCAGCAUGUGCCAGCGACGUGGUGCAGGACACUCUGCCUGGAGAUAGAACUUCGGAGUGUGAUUUCGAGGGACCUAAGCUUGGUUGCUCAGGCCAAUCGUCAUGGACGGCAGUCGCUAAUGCUUUCCAGCCGAGGCGCACUUCUACGCCCUUUUUCUAUCGAAAAGAGCAACUGAGUAGGGAAUGCUACACACUUAAGAAAAAAAGAUAUCAUUAG